AAGGUUCUAUAGUGCUGCAGUGCCGCCAGUGGUGAAGGUUCUACAGUGCUGCAGUGCUGCCAGUGGUGAAGGUUCUACAGUGCUGCAGUGCCGCCAGUGCUAAAGGUUCUACAGUGCUACAGUGUAACCCGUGCUACAUUACAACCAAUGCCUCAGUGCAACUGUUACUUCACUGCUGCAGUGAAACUCUCAGUGAUCAAUAUUAACGUUUUUGAAAACUAAUAAUGGUCAAGUGAUGAAAUAUUGUAAUAAAGUAAUAAUGUGAAGUUUAUUACUAGUAAACUGAAGAAACACCAAGAUAAGUUGACCUUGUAGUCAUCAUCAUCAUCAUCAUCAUCAUCAUCAUCAUCAUCAUUGUUUAUAACUAUACAACUAUGACACAUUUAGCAAUGAUAAUAAAAAGAAGACGGAUGAAAGGUCUGUGCCUGCAGCCUCAGUGCAACUACUUCAAGAAGCUCGUGGUUGUCUUGGCUGCCUUCAUCACUAUCUUCGUGGCCAUGCAUGGCGGAUACCUCGACUUGCUCCACCAGCGAGCACUAAACAAUUCGGAUAUAACCAUUUACCGUUCACACGUCUUCACCCGAGGUGAAGCGUCAAUAAGUCCGAAAACCAUCACCUCGCAAAAUAAUUCAUCCGUAAUCACAUUUCCUUUCAAGUAUUUAAUUAAUGAGCCAGGAUUGUGCGUGAAGGAAAGUAAUUUAUACAUUAUUAACACUGUGAGUACUGCACCGUGGGAGGUGGCAGCCAGGACCCACAUCAGGAGACUCUGGGCCAACACAGCUUGGCAAAACAUAACAGGAUUCAGAACUGUAUUCUUGACAGGUGAAGUAAAUGACCGUAAAGUGAUGGCUGACUUAAAAGAAGAGAGCAACAAGUACCAUGACAUUAUACAGUUUGGUUUCUUGGAUACAUAUGACAAUCUCACCUUCAAAAUCCUGAGUAUGCUUCACUGGGUCAACACCUUCUGUCCAACACCUGCUUGGGUCCUCAAGAGUGACUCGGAUGUUCUCGUCAACACCUUUGAGCUCAGCAGAUUUCUCAAAGAAUAUGACAAGACAACAAACGAGAGUAGGAACCAGUUCCUGUGCAGGAAGAGGCAGGUACCCAUGCCGUGUCGCAGAGCUUGUCGCAACAUCAAGUGGAGGGUGAGCUGGAGAGAGUAUCCUCACAAGUAUUACCCUGUGUAUUGCAUGGGCCCUGGCUACAUCAUGCCCAGGAGACUGAUAGCACCACUGUACCAUGCAGCCAACAAGACCCACCCCUUCCGUAUGGAGGAUGUUUACUACACUGGCAUUAUCCCUCAAAAACUUAAAUGGCAAAACACAAUAAACAAUAUAGCCAAUCGUUUUCCAUGGCGCCCGAGAGUUUGGAAAAAUUCAUUUAUUUACAGUGAUCUCAUGAUAUUAGAACUAGACCAAGGAUUGGGGCCAGAGGCAUCCAACCUAGUGUGGACCAAGAUUCUAAGAAUGAGGGAAUUAUCUUUUGCAGAUAAUGAAACCAUGAGAAUAAGAAAUAGAAAACUUUAUUAUUAAAUUAUUAAGGGAGCCCAUGUAUGCAUAAAUAUAUACAGUACAGAAGCUACCCUACUUAUGAACACUUGAGCUACGAACAUUCAGACAUACAAACAGACUGCCAUGUUAGUUAAAGAAGUUUUUUAUUACAGCAUUUAUUAAAAUAUGCUUUAGUAUUAAGAACCAUACAUUACUGAUACUGUACAGUACUGUCUAAGUUUUCAAUGAACAACGGCAGAGAGAGGGAACAAUAAUAAUGAUGAUAAUAUUAAAACAGUAAUAAUAAUUGUAACAAUAGAAAAAUGGCAAAAUAAUGACUUGCAGACAAUUCAUGAUACGAAUAGUCUUCUGGAACGUAACUUGUUCGUAAGUUGGGGGCGUCUGUAUUUUGAGUCUCCCCACCUUGGAGGGGAAGGAAAUACAUUCACUAUAACACAUUAGUAUAGCUGUCCUGCCAGAAAUUUACACAAGACAUUAAAACUCAAAUGGCCCUCUGAAAUGCAACAUCCACACCUACUAGAACAAAAGCCAACCAGUGAAAAACUACUCUGUGAAAGUGCAAAAUAGGACAUAAUCCACUCGGUCCUGGAAGAGCAUCCUCUAUUCAACCACCUAAUCAAGGAUAGGUUAGGUUUGAUUUGAUUAGGUUAGGUAAAGCUAGCUUAGUGUAUAUAAAUAUGCCUUAGAUGGACUUUUAUUUCUUCUUGUCUUAGGUGGGCUUUUUGGGAAUUUUUUGAAUGCCUGUGUGUCAGUGUUCUCCAUAGGGCCAUCAAAAGGAGGCUUGUAACUGUUAUCUCAUCUCUGCCAGGGAAAGAUGGGUACAACAGCUUUCUCACCAUGCUAGAGUGCCAUAUGCUAGGUCACCUGCCUUGAGUUUACAAAUAUAACAGUGACUCACAUAUCGAGUGAUUAACAUUCCUCUGCCAACCAUUUGGCAAUGUUGCCCCAGAGCAUCAUUGGCACUUAAGGGGCUGUUUUUUUUGAAGGCCAGGAGCCAGCUUUUUAGGUAAAGAACCAGAAAGAACUGACAUGGUGGUUUGUCUUCCAUCAGUGCCAGAUUAGAUCAAUAUUGCUCUGAAUGUGCCAGUGAGAGAAGACAUGCUGAUGUCUCUCUGAUAAAUGAGAUUAGGUACCAAGACUCGUUUGUGUUAUCAAUGGGCUUCCUGCACUAAAGCCAGAAUCUACACUCUUCAGAAACAAGACUUCAUUUUGAGGACUUUCUCAGUUAAAGUGGUGAAUGUCAAUGUAAUGACUUAAUGACAUUCAAGUACUGUGAAAGCUCACUGUUAAGCAGAGUGCUUGAUGUCACCAAGUCCAAGACACCCAAUCCCCAGUUAGACAGAGAAAGACCUUGGGGGCACACAAAUCCACAUCUUUUUCCCAACUUGUUUGUCAUGUAGAUUGCAAUCCAUACUCUUGUACAAGGUAUGCAGGGAUUUAACUGAAGUACAGCAGUGUUGGGAAUAUGACUAGUGGAAGUCAAUUCCAGAGCUUGUCAAGUGUCAUAUUAAAGCAAUGUGUAAGUUUCAUUCUGCUUAGCCAUUAACCAGGAACCAGGUGUCAAUAAGGACAUGAAACUGGUAAUUUACACCUGGGUGUUUUUUCACAGCCACUCGUAGAGGAGGUAUUGACUAAAUAUUUGGUAGAGCUCAUGAAAGGCUGGCAGGCUCUAGGUGACUAAGCUGACACUAAUUAACAGAGUCGAUUGAGUAUACACACACACACACACACACAAAGUAGAGUAGGGCCCCACUUAUACGCCAGGUUUGGUUCCAGGCUACUGCCGUAAAGUGAAACACCUUUUUUUCCCACUUAUAAAUGCAUAUAAAUGCAUGUACUAGAUAACAAGUUUACACUGACAUAUAUUAAGUUAGUAAGUUUAUUCAGGUAUACACAAAUAGUUACACAGAUUAUCAUACAUAGCAGCAUAUGUGUAAAGUACCUAGGAAAAAAGCCAGUGGCUUAUUUCCAUUGGGGUUAGCAAUAGAACUAGGCAUUAAAAAUCAAUAAAGUAAAAUACAUGUACACAUAUAGUACACUCAUUACUUACCUUAAAAUAUUUGUAGUCUUAAUCUAGGGUGAGAUGAGUAGUAUUUAUUGUAAAAAAAUCAAGUGUGGUAUGUAUGGUAGCCAGCCAGGCUACCAUACCAGGCCAACCCACCCACACAUAAUAUUCUAUAACAUUUAAGCAUCCCAGAGCGAUAAAAUGCAUAUACAAUUCACUCAUUACUUAAAAUAUUUGUAGUCCUAAUGUAGGGUCAGAGGUGAGUAAAUGUGAUAAAACGAAUAAAUGAGACACAGAAGAGAAUGAGUACAUGAGAGAGGACACUCAUGGAGUUAUGUAAACAAAUCAGUCAUACGCAAGUUUUGUUAAUAAACCAGGCGAACAUGUCUGGUUUGUGUACAAGUUACAUUGUAUACAAGUUGUCUCUAUAUUGAUACAGUAGAAUAAAUAAAGAACACUCCCAUUCUCGUGUAACACCAUUUUUAGAAGAAAUGACACUCUGACUGAAGGCAUACGAAAGGAAUAAUUUUCUACAUACAUACUUUCGCUUAUGUUGGACUAGAGAAAACGUUAUUCUUGCUGUCACUUGUACAAGUUGUCUGGCUACCACAUCUCAUAUCUGUUUAUUUAUUCUACUGUGGGUUGUAUUUAUCUUCUUUAUAUGUUAUGUAUAAUGUUUAUUAUAUAAUUUUGAAAAAAUAUCAUAGAUGGAUUAAUGAAGAUGUGUAUAUUAACGUAAUAUACGACAUUUAAUGAGACUUGGUGAUUAUUAUUGCACAUUAUCAUCAUUACUAAUAAGGCAUCUUGAGACAUAAGACACUCUUACUGAUUUUAAUGUGUACCUGCAUGCCAGCACAGUGUGUAAGUACAGGUAUACAUAAGUAUAAUUAUCAGAGUAUAUAUAAAAUAUGAAAUAGACAGCAACCACCCAGGGAAGUACUACCGUCCUGCCAGAUGACUGUGAAACAAAAACCUGUAACUGUUUUGCAUGAUGGUAGGAUUGCUGGUUUCUUUUUCUGUUUCAUAAACACGCUAGAUAACAGGGAUAUCUUGCUACUCCUACUUACACUUUGGUCACACUUCACAGACACGCACAUGCAUAUAUAUAUAUACAUACAUCUAGGUUUUUCUCCUUUUCCUAAAUAGCUCUUGUUCUUCUUUAUUUCUUCUAUUGUCCAUGGGGAAGUGGAAAAGAAUCUUUCCUCUGUAAGCCAUGCGUGUCGUAUGAGGCGACUAAAAUGCCAGGAGCAAUGGGCUAGUAACCCCUUCUCCUGUAGACAUUUACUAAAAAAGAGAAGAAGAAAAACUUUAUAAAACUGGGAUGCUUGAAUGUGCAUGGAUGUAGUGUGGAUGACAAGAAACAGAUGAUUGCUGAUGUUAUGAAUGAAAAGAAGUUGGAUGUCCUGGCCCUAAGCGAAACAAAGCUGAAGGGGGUAGGGGAGUUUCGGUGGGGGGAAAUAAAUGGAAUUAAAUCUGGAGUAUCUGAGAGAGUUAGAGCAAAGGAAGGGGUAGCAGUAAUGUUGAAGGAUCAGUUAUGGAAGGAGAAAAGAGAAUAUGAAUGUGUAAAUUCAAGAAUUAUGUGGAUUAAAGUAAAGGUUGGAUGUGAAAAGUGGGUCAUAAUAAGCGUGUAUGCACCUGGAGAAGAGAGGAAUGUAGAGGAGAGAGAGAGAGAGAGAGAUUUUGGGAGAUGUUAAGUGAAUGUAUAGGAGCCUUUGAACCAAGUGAGAGAGUAAUUGUGGUAGGGGAUCUGAAUGCUAAAGUAGGAGAAACUUUUAGAGAGGGUGUAGUAGGUAAGUUUGGGGUGCCAGGUGUAAAUGAUAAUGGGAGCCCUUUGAUUGAACUUUGUAUAGAAAGGGGUUUAGUUAUAGGUAAUACAUAAAUUAAGAAAAAGAGGAUAAAUAAGUAUACAAGAUAUGAGGUAGGGCAAAAUGACAGUAGUUUGUUGGAUUAUGUAUUGGUAGAUAAAAGACUGUUGAGUAGACUUCAGGAUGUACAUGUUUGUAGAGGGGCCACAGAUAUAUCAGAUCACUUUCUAGUUGUAGCUACACUGAGAGUAAAAGGUAGAUGGGAUACAAGGAGAAUAGAAGCAUCAGGGAAGAGAGAGGUGAAGGUUUAUAAACUAAAAGAGGAGGCAGUUAGGGUAAGAUAUAAACAGCUAUUGGAGGAUAGAUGGGCUAAUUAAUGAGAGCAUAGGCAAUGGGGUCGAAGAGAUAUGGGGUAGGUUUAAAAAUGUAAUGUUAGAGUGUUCAGCAGAAGUUUGUGGUUACAUGAAAGUGGGUGCGGGAGGGAAGAGGAGCGAUUGGUGGAAUGAUGAUGUGAAGAGAGUAGUAAGGGAGAAAAAGUUAGCAUAUGAGAAGUUUUUACAGAGUAGAAGUGAUGCAAGGAGGGAAGAGUGUAUGGAGAAAAAGAGAGAGGUUAAGAGAGUGGUGAAGCAAUGUAAAAAGAGAGCAAAUGAGAGUGGGUGAGAUGUUAUCAACAAAUUUUGUUGAAAAUAAGAAAAAGUUUUGGAGUGAGAUUAACAAGUUAAGGAAGCCUAGAGAACAAAUGGAUUUGUCAGUUAAAAAUAGGAGAGGAGA